AUGUCCAAAUUAAUAUGUGGGCAAUUAACCAAGCAUAAUGGAAGAGUAUACCCAUGUGAAAGGUGCCUGUUAUUUUUUCACUCUGAGGAAGAUCUUCAAACGCAUGAAAAGGAUUGUAAGAAAAAUCAGGCUGUUAAAAUAGUAAUGCCUGAAAAAGAUUCAAAAUUAAAGUUCAAACAUUACCAUAAAUCGCUACGAGCACCUUUUGUAAUGUAUGCAGAUUUUGAAAGUUUAACAACUAAGAUAGAUACAUGUCAGCCAGAUCCCAAGAGCUCUUACAUGCAGAAGUACCAAAAACAUGAACCCAUGAGUUUCUCACUUUACAUUAAAUAUAAGCACGGAGACUACAAACCGCCUAUCACAUAUAGAGGUCCAAAUGCAACUAAAGUAUUUUACGAAACGUUGAAAGCUGAGGCCUUAGAGAUAAAGAAAAUUUAUGAUAAGAAGCACCCAAUCAAAAUUACUGAUGAAGAUGACAGGCAUUUCAAGAGAACCCAUAUAUGUCAUAUCUGCGGGUUUAACAUCAAAGAAGUACCAUCACCAUAUUCGCCGAAAGACUCUGAGGACUCCGAAAAAAAAGUAAUGGAUCAUGACCAUUUACUCGAUCCAUCCAAACAUGAAUCAAACUAUAGAGGGCCAGCUCAUAAAUUAUGUAACUUAAUGUACCAAUACCCUUCCCUCAUUCCUGUCUUCAUUCACAACUUAUCUGGCAAAGAGGUUGGAGCGGAAUGGGUAGAUGCAGGUGAUGGUAAAAAGGUCAAGCUACCCGGAAUAAAGUUGAGGUUUCUGGAUUCUUUUAAGUUCAUGGCUAGCAGCAUUGAUAGUUUAGCCAAAAAUGUGAAAGAAUUCAGAGAAACAGCCAAAUUCUUUCCCAAGGACAAAUUGGACCUCGUUACCAGAAAAGGCGUGUAUCCGUAUGAUUAUAUGGACUCGUGGGAUAAAUGUGACGAAACACGACUACCCAACAAAAAAGAAUUUUACAACAAAAUGACUGAGUCGGAUAUAUCACACGAGGACUAUGCACAUGCCAAAACAGUAUGGAAGACCUUCAACAUUAAAAAUUUAGGUGAGUAUUCUGAUUUGUAUGUGAAGACUGAUGUACUGAUCUUAGCUGAUAUUAUGGAACAUUUUAGAGAUGUCUGCAUAAGGACUUACAAAUUGGAUCCUGCAUGGUACUUCACUGCACCCGGUCUCUCUUGGGAUGCUAUGUUAAAAACCACUGGAAAGGAAUUAGAAUUAUUGACUGAUUAUAACAUGAUUUUAAUGUUAGAAAAAGGAACCAGAGGUGGGAUUUCUCAGUGUUGUAAUAGGUAUGGGAAAGCUAAUAAUAAAUAUAUGAAAGACUAUGACAGAAGUAAAGAAUCUAAUUAUUUAAUCUACCUAGAUGCCAAUAACUUGUAUGGAUGGGCAAUGAGCCAAUUUCUACCAUAUGGCGGCUUCAAGUGGGGGGAUACCGAUAUAGAUGUAACAGCGAUCCCCGACGAUUCAGAUGUGGGUUAUAUCUUAGAAUGCGACUUGGAAUAUCCUGAAUAUUUGCAUGAUCUCCAUUCAGACCUCCCACUAGGAGCUGAGAACAGAGUUCCUGAUGGCUCAAAACAUACAAAAUUACUAACAACCUUAUAUGACAAAGAUCAUUAUGUGGUUCAUUACAGGGGUUUGAAACAAUUUUUACAAAUGGGCUUAAAAUUGAAGAAAGUACACAGGGUAUUAGAGUAUAAGCAAGCACCUUGGCUGAAGACAUAUAUCGACUUGAACACUGAAAUGAGAACUAAAGCAACUAAUGACUUUGAAAAAGAUUUCUAUAAACUCAUGAACAACUCUGUGUUUGGUAAGACAAUGGAAAAUAUUAGAAAAAGGCUUGAUAUCAAACUGUGCUGUGAUGCGGAGAAAGCCGAAAAACUUAUUGCUAAACCAAAUUUUAAAGGAAGAACCAUAUUUGAAGAAAAUUUAGCCGCUAUACAUAUGCACAAAAACUGCAGUACUCUUUGA